AGUAAAGAGACUCAUGCCAAAUAAAACAUUCUUUUAUUAUUUAAAUUUAUGAAUUAUUCAAAUCAAUGCCAAGAAAAAAUGGUCUUAAGUGCAUAGCAUAGUCUACAGAUAUGAACGUACGCGCUAUAACAAUAAAUCAAACCUCUUAAGUGUUUCAUAAUUUGGAGAUAUCACGUACAGUUACGUAAAUAAAAGAAACAUUUCUGUAUAGACGCUCACUUUUGCAACAUGUUUUGUAAAGCAAUGUAGCUAGCUAAUCAGAAAGCCAAGCGCAACAAAUGUGCUAUUUCAUAAUAUGAACGCAAAAGUUCACUGAAAAUGAACCAUAUCCGCUUCUAGUCGUAUAUUAUUAAUCUUUUAACAAGGUUUGUUACAAUUAACACGUUUACAGUCUCCAAAUGCACUGGAUAAUGUGACGUCUUUUAUAUCAGGCAAAACAAAGACUACCAUAAUUUACUCUAUAUUGGGGUCCUCACUGAACUGAUUGCUUUCUCCUGCACGGACUGCAAUGGCGGAUUACGAUAGCUACGAUGACCGAGAUCGGGCUUAUGGCAGUUUUGGAGGUGGGAGAGGAAGAUCCCGAGGCGGAGGCGGCCCAGGGGGACCCCGCAAACAGAAAGAGCUCCCCACGGAGCCCCCCUACACGGCCUACGUGGGCAACCUCCCCUUCAACACGGUGCAGGGAGACAUCGACGCCAUCUUCAAAGACCUGAGCGUCAGGAGCGUCCGGCUAGUCAGAGAUAAAGAAACAGACAAGUUUAAAGGUUUCUGUUAUGUAGAAUUUGAUGACUUGGAAUCCCUAAAAGAAGCCUUGAUGUACGAUGGUGCUCUCCUGGGCGAUCGGUCGCUACGGGUGGACAUCGCCGAGGGCCGUCGGCAAGAGAAAGGCGCCGGAGGGUUCGGCUUCCGAAAACAGGACGACAGAGGAGGCCGAGGAGGCAUGCGUGGCCCCAGAGGAGGGGAGCGGGAUCCCAGAGAUGACUUCGACCAAUCGGGAGGAGGUUUUAGGGAGGACGACUUCAUGUCUGGGAGGAGUCGAGGGGGCGGGCGACCCGGAGACCGGAGGGGGGUCGGAGCCGGAGGCGGAGGAGGGAUGGGCCGGUACAGAGAUGGACCGCGCGGUGGCUCCACGGACUUCAGAGAACCUUCUGAAGAGGAGAGGGCUCAGCGGCCGAGGCUGCAGCUGAAACCGCGCACGGUGGACGCCCCCCUGAACCAGGUCGCCAACCCCCACUCCGCCAUAUUCGGUGGGGCGAAGCCGCGGGAGGAGGUAAUUUCCAAAGAAAAGGACUAAAAAAAAAAAAAUUUAAAAAUUUAAAAAAUAAAAAUUAAAACAGCCGCAGGGCAGGGGUGGAGCAAUGGGACUGUAGAGGAUGCUGGGAAACGGUACCGCCUCCGCCAUUACUCCCACCCGUCAAUCAGACCGAGGCCCCGCCUCCCCCGGGCCCGGUUUCAGCAACAUAUAUAUUCAACAAGCAAGAAAACACACACACACACACACACAAACACGCCCACAAAACAAACAAAAACAAAACGACGACAAACAAGCAGCUUGUGAGUGCAUGUCCGCCGUUAGCAAGUGGUUUUUAAUUACUCCUCCGCUUCCCUGUAUCUAGUGCCUGCUCUGUACUGUAGUUACUUUGGGGGAUGGACAAUUCACACCUUGAUUUCUGAGAGGCAUACAAACUUCGCUGCUCCAAAAAGAAGGAUCCAGUCAGUUUUAUUUUAUUUUAGUUCGUUGUUCUGGACCGGAGUGAAAUGGCCCCUAAAAAUUGACAAGCCGAACAGUGUUAAAAGCCAAGCCGUUUUUGGCAUUGAGUGUUUGUGGCCUAACCUCUGAUGUGCCGUGUUUUAUGAACUCAAACUCUUUGAGUUUUGCCUAUGAGUGCUUUUUAAUUGGCGUUUAUUUGUGACUUGACUUUGGUGUGCUAACAUUAAAGGGCACCUUGGCUUAUUUUGAACAAAGGCUCACCUCUUGACUUUGACGUUUUAUCUGUUUACACAUUCCUAAAUGGACACUAUAUGGUUCAUGGUUAAUUAUCAAGCAAAGUACUAAGGUAUUUUUGUAUGGAAACCCAGGCUAAGUUCUUGGUUGGACGAUCCAAGAACACAUUGAGAAGGUGGGCCAUUAAGGCAGGGCAAUAAAUUUAUGGAUUUGUCCAAUAAAACACUUUCCCUGGGUUUAUUUUGUUUAGAGGAAAACCAGUUUCCCUUUAAUUGCAGUGGGGAGCUGGGUGUUCAUGAGUUGGUUUCGGUGCUUGGUGAGUGGCAUUUCAGAGAAGGUCAAUCCAGUCACCAUGCAGUAAUUUCAUUUUAUAUGGAGGUGGCCAU